GAGGCCGGGAGGAGGCAGGAAGGGACGCGAACGGCAUACCGGCGGCGGGCUCGGCUCGGAGGCCGCGGAGACCCGCGCGGAGCCCAAAGUUUGCGCGCAGCGCCCCCCACCCCCCCUUUCCGGGCGGCGGCGCGCGGGGGGCCGGGACCGCCCUGCGCGCCGCCCUCGCCCCGGCCGCGCCGAGGGUCGCCGGCGGCCACGCGGAGGCGGCCGGGAGCGGCGCCGCGGCAGCUUUGGAGCCGGGCAUGAGGCUGAACCGGAGCAGGGAGCUGUGGGGAGCGGGAGCCCCGCGACCGUGACCGGCACCUGGUUCUCACCUGGGUCCUCGUGGUCGAGCCGAGGUGGCUGCCAAACCAGCGGAGCCGGAGCGAGCCCCUGACAGGACCAGGUGGAGCAGACACCCCCCGUCAGCCCACGAGACCUGGCAGGACCUGGCUUCCCAGCGCAGCCUGACCGACUCACCAAUCACCAGGCAGCGAAACCGCAUUCCUGCUGUUUCAGAAGCAUCCGAUGCUCUCCCGUCAGUCCGUGUGUCCAUCCUGCUCAGGGCCCAGUGUGAUCCAUCUAAAGCCUGCUGUGUAUAAUCACCCCGUCCAGGCCUUCCCCAGACCCCUCUCCCUGGCACCAUUGCCUGCAAGAGGAUGACGUAGACCUGGAAGCCCUGGUGAACGAUGUGAGCGUGUCCCUGGAGAGUCUGUACCCGGCCUGUAGCAUGCAGUCAGAGACGGUGCCCCUGCUCCAGAAUGGCCAGCACGCCCGCAGCCAGCCGCCACCCUCAGGAACAAGGUCCCUCCAGCCGCAGGCGUCCCCGCGACUGCAGGUGCAGCGCUCACAGCCUGUGCACAUCCUCGCUGUCAGACGCCUGCAGGAAGAGGGUGAACAGUUCAGAACCUCGUCUCUGCCGGCCAUCCCUAACCCUUUCCCCGAGCUCUGCGGCCCCGGGAGCCCCCCGCUGCUGACGAGGGGCUCCUUACCUCCCAGCCAGGCGGCUGCAAAACAGGAUGUUAAAAUCUUUAGCGAAGAUGGGACGAGCAAAGUGGUGGAGAUUCUGGCAGACAUGACGGCCAGAGACCUGUGCCAGCUGCUGGUUUACAGAAGUCACUGUGUGGACGACAACAGCUGGACGCUAGUGGAGCACCACCCGCAUCUGGGACUAGAGAGAUACCUGGAAGACCACGAGCUGGUGGUCCAGGUGGAGAGCACCCUGGCAAGUGACAGCAAAUUUUUAUUUAGGAAGAAUUACGCAAAAUACGAGUUUUUCAAAAAUCCUACGAAUUUCUUCCCAGAACAGAUGGUUACUUGGUGCCAGCAGCCCAACGGUGGUCACAACCAGCUGUUGCAGAACUUUCUCAACUGCAGUAGCUGUCCUGAAAUUCAGGGGUUUUUGCACGUGAAGGAUCUGGGGAAGAAGUCGUGGCGAAAGUUGUACGUGUGUUUGCGGAGAUCGGGCCUCUACUGCUCCACUAAAGGAGUGUCAAAGGAGCCCAGACACCUGCAGCUGCUGGCGGGCUUGGAGGACAGCAGCAUAUUCUCCCUGAUCGCCGGCAGGAAGCAGUACUGCGCCCCCACGGACUAUGGCUUCUGCAUAAAGCCCAACAAAGUCAGGAGCGAGACGAAGGAGCUGCGGCUGCUGUGUGCCGAGGACGAACAGGGCAGAACUUGCUGGAUGACGGCGUGCAGGCUCCUCAAGUACGGGAUGCUCCUGUACCAGAACUACAGGAUCCCGCCACAGAGGAAGCCCCUGCUCCCCUCCUUCUCAACGCCAGUGCGCAGCGUCUCUGAGAACUCCCUCGUGGCCAUGGAUUUUUCCGGGCAAACAGGAAGAGUGAUCGAGAACCCGGCCGAAGCCCAGAGUGCAGCCCUGGAGGAAGGCCACGCCUGGAGGAAACGGAGCACACGGAUGAAUAUCCUCAGCAGCCAAAGCCCCCUCCAGCCGUCCACCCUGAGUACGGUGAUUCAUCGGACACAGCACUGGUUUCACGGCCACAUCUCCAGGGAGGAGUCACACAGGAUCAUUAAGCAGCAGGGGCUGGUGGACGGGCUUUUUCUCCUCCGAGACAGCCAGAGCAAUCCAAAGGCUUUUGUGCUCACGCUGUGUCAUCAUCAGAAAAUUAAAAAUUUCCAGAUCCUUCCUUGCGAGGAUGAUGGGCAGAUCUACUUCAGCCUUGACGACGGGAACACCAAGUUCUCCGACCUGAUCCAGCUCGUGGACUUCUACCAGCUCAACAAAGGAGUCCUGCCUUGCAAACUGAGGCACCACUGCAUCCGCGUGGCCUUAUGACCUCACACUGACUCUCGGCGGAGCCUGGAGGAAGCUGACACUGGAACGAGGGAAGGGGAUGUACGUCGCGAAGAGCACACGUCUGUUGUUCUGCACCCUGGGGAGGGCGGGGGGUGGGGGGGUGGGUCCGUCGGGGCCGGCCGCCCGGGAUGGACCGGUCGCUGGACUGGACGGUGAUUUGCUGCUGCGGAGCCGGCAGGAGCGUCUCCCUCCGCACCGGCGAGAUCAGGGAGGCGCCGGAGAGCAGGUGCAGGUGGGAGUGAAAACCGGAGCGAUGGUCUCGGCUGGGCCACGUCGGAACCAGAACCGGAGACGAGUAAUUGGAAGUGAACUCUUGCCCUGGAAUAAUCUUGACAAUUAAAACUGAUAUGUUUACUUUUUUUUGUAUCGAUCACUUUUUGCACUCCUUCUUUGUUUUCAAUAUUGUACUCGGCCUCUGUCAGAGGGGGUGUGGCGUCCAGUGUGCAGGCUCCAGAGACUGGCUGCGGGGGGGCCCCCCACCGCCGGUUGUUGCCGGAGGGUGGUGCCGGCCCUGUGCAGUUGCCGGAGGCGGAUUCGGCUCCCAGGUCACAAACCACCCCCAGCCCCUCCCAGAAUACUUGAAGAGCUUUUUUAAAAAUAAAUAAAAGGUGUCACCUGUGGUAGGCAUUUGGCACGUUUUGUGGACCCAGGCAACCACGUCUGUCGAUCAUUCCCCUAUGCACAGAUGUCCUGCACACCUGUUACCUGUGUGUCCUAUCCUCCACAGUUCAGGAGACCUGGGUUGUUUGUUUGUUUGUUUGUUUGUUUGUUUUGGAAAAUGCUCUGUUCCACAACACGGCAGCUGGCCCCUUAGCUGGACGCGGGGAGCGUCCCUGGGACACACCGGGCACCCAGGGCCAGCCGCUGGGGGGCCCCCUUUCAGCCUGUUCUAGGGCGAUCGCUGCCUUACUCUUCACCCCCCCCCCCCCCCCCCACCGUGGCUGGGUCCCUUCCUGGCUCUUGUCCCUCCGGGGGUUGAAGGAUCUAAAAGGAAAAUGGCACUUGGUUGACUUCCCGCUGUGGCCGGGGGGGUUUCCAUGGUGAUAAAGACGGAAACAUUGGAAAGGGCAUGUCUGCAGCCUGGCAUUUAAAGGUCUUCGCUCCAUAGCCUCCAUUCUGCUGAAAACCCCCUUGAGCCGGUGCACGCGGGGGCUCCCCCUCAGACGGCUGGCGUUCAGAAGUACCUCACAGCAGUCAUAGGCAUUGAAAAGUCUUAUCAACGCACCCUGUUUACCUCUCUAGGGGGCUGAGUCCCACGGGGGGCAGGGGGCUGGAGUGUCCCUCCGCACGCCCCUUAGCAGAGUCACCAGGUGUGAGAGUGGCCGUGUCCUUUCCUUUGGUCUCUGCAGAGCAGAAAGGUCUUCCUUGACAGGCGUACAGACUAGUGUGGUGAAAAUGGUCCUCUUUUCUGAGAUCAGUCACCACACGUGACUGGUCCUCUGGAUGGGUACCAGCCACUAGGUGGCCUGGCCCUGACCCAGCACCAUGCCCCUGGAGGAAUGUGCCCAUGGUGUGGGACACAUGUGGCCGGCUUCAGUGACACAGAUGCCCUCGAAGGAACUCUAGGGUUUAGAAACACUGUAUUUCGCUUUACAGGUCUCACUCUACUCGUCUUCCAUGAAACGUCUACUUACACAAAUACAGACUUUGUGGUAAAACGUUUUGAACCAUAAGCGCUCAGCUGCGUUCUCUUCUUUCUGUAGCCACUUCUGUCUUUCAGACUAUUGACAAGUAGGUAAUUCUCAAGUCCUACCUGGCGGCGAGCUUCCGGGGCCCUUCACCUUGGAUCGGCUCUUUAUUCGCACCGUUCGACAUUUUUCUUUUCACCGGUUGGAAGCUGAACCUUAAAAAAGUUCUGAUUUCUUUUUCCUUUUUUUUUUUCUCUCUACAUAGACCAGUAAGACGAGACUCUCACGGCCCUCUCCGAUAGACAGCAUCCACAGCAUUUUGUAUUUAUAAACCUGCCUUUUAUGUAAAAGGAAGACAAAAGCUGGCCUCUGAUGCACAGUCUGUGUGUCGCUGGUUUGACGUAGUCUUUUGGACCUCCUUGGCCGCGGUCAAGUGCUGGAGGGUGGGACCCCCACCCCCCAGUCUGCAGCUGUCUCACUGCUGGGCCUGGUGGCUGGGAGUUCCCCCCCCCGAAAGCAGCCGGUCCCUCAAGGAUGUGGGCGUCCGGCCCGGCCACUCAGGGGCUGAAGGACGUUCAACUUUUAUUUUUAUAUUUAGAUGACAUGAAUGUAAACGGGACAGCUCAGGGUCAUUUUAGAGCCUGUUGACUUUUUAAUCUCUCUGCCUGUGAUUUUCCUCUCCGAAGUCGAAAACCCCACAUAGCAACCUGGACUUUCUUGGGAAGGAAAUACCAAAUGCCUCGGGGAUUCAAGGUUCAUGGGUGAGCUCUGUUCCCUUCGGUCGUUAAGUUCUAGAAUGUUGUUUUGUUCGCUAAACCGUGAAGAAAUACGUGCCUCAGUCUAGCUGUUUGGUCCUCUCUUUUCUGCACUUAAUACCUGACGGUUUGACCAAGAGACUCACCUUUGCGGGGCGGGACCUGCUCGAGGUGGAUGGUGAUGUCACAGCACAAGCAGUGGUCUGACCUGUAAACAUUUUCAGGGAAUGCAGAAAGGGUUCAGGGACAAAACCUUUAUUCCACGUGCUUUGCUCCUUUCUGUACAUAGCUCUGCGGCUUGUGAACCUAAUUGUAAACGUUCAGGUAUUUUUGUACAAAUAAGGGACUUGACGUUCUGUUUCUUGUAAUUAGAAAUAAACAUUACUGUAGCGUU